UGGCCAGAUGGGGAGGGAGAAGUUCCUGGCGAUUUCUUGGAGGGAUUUGGGAGGGGGGGAUUGAGAGAUUUAAGAAUUGAUAGGUGGUCGAGUUGUGUUUGGCCGGCUGGAUAUGCGCAGGAGCUUUAUUUCCCCUCCUCUCUUAUGGGAUUAUUGCCAGCGAUGGACAGAGAGAGAGGAAGGAGGAACAGCCAGCUGGUGUUUUCUGGACUUUCACGGUUAUAAACGCGCAGAGCAUUGCAAAGGGAGCUUUUAAUCAUCGUUGAAAUAAAGGAAAAGUUAGUGUUAUAGAACCAUGACAACCGAGAGCUCCUCCAAGCAACUUUUGCAUCCAUCUAAUGCAGCUCUGCAGAGCGCGCAGCCAGUGAUGGAGAUGGAGAGCAGCGCGCAAAACAACGCAUCAUCACCCAAAUGGAAAAAGGGAAACUCUGGCUUGAGGCGCCCAGAAAAGCCUCCCUACUCCUACAUCGCCCUCAUCGUGAUGGCAAUCCAAAGCUCUCCCACCAAAAGGCUGACUCUGAGUGAGAUCUACCAGUUCCUUCAGGCCCGCUUCCCUUUCUUCAGAGGCUCCUAUCAGGGAUGGAAGAACUCCGUCAGACACAACCUGUCUCUGAACGAGUGUUUCAUCAAGCUGCCCAAAGGUCUCGGCAGACCAGGCAAGGGCCACUACUGGACCAUCGACCCGAGCAGUGAGUUCAUGUUCGAGGAGGGCUCGUUUCGUCGCAGACCUCGCGGGUUUCGUAGGAAAUGCCAGGCUUUGAAGCCAAUGUACCGGAUGAUGAAUGGCAUAGGGUUUGGUGCGUCCAUGCUGCAGCAGAACUUUGAUUUCCAAUCACCUCCAGGCGCAUUGGCGUGCCAUAACAGCUACAACAUAGACCUGAUGGGUAACACGGUGCCAGGUGGGUUUGAGGGACUAGGAGGAGGACAUCACGUCCCACACAUGUCCUCAGGCUCCGGGUCAUCGUACAUGGCCUCUAAUGGAGACUAUUGCGCAGACAGCAGCAGCAGCAGCUCCCUGCAGGCCUCCACAGCCAUGUUGGACUGUCAGUCUCCGUAUGCAAACACAGCUUCACACUGGAGUUCACCUGCAGUGUCUUCAUACAUCAAACAGCAGCAGCUGGCAUCAAGCAGUCCCACUUCAUCUUCUUCUUCUUCUGCUCUGCACACGGCUGGGAUGUCAUCUUACUCUCUGGAUCAGGGCUACCUGCACCAUAACGCACGAGACUCCUCAGAGAUUGCAGUGGGACUGUCUCGAUACUCCAGCCACUCAGCUCCUGUGUGUGACAGGAAGGACUUCGUUUUGAACCUAAAUGGCAUCUCUUCCCUCCACCCCAGCACCAGCGGAUCUUACUAUCACCAGCUCCAUCACCAUCACCAAAGUGUCUAUCAGGAUGUAAAGCCGUGUGUCAUGUGACAAAACAACCAAAGACAGAACUGUCUGGAACCUACCUGCCAAAUGUAACGAUCAGGUGGAGUUAUUUUAUCAGGAUCUUUGGUGAAAAUGGCAAUUUUAUUCCCUUCCAGUCAGUGUCAGUGACCUUUGACCCUUAAUAGUUAUGAUGUGAGGACUUUGUUUUGCCACUCACAUAACAUGACUGACUUUACACACAUAUGAAUAAGCAAUAUCAACAGUUUUACUGAAAAAAUACGUACACAUACCUGAAUUAAUCUUUAUUCAUGCACUUAAUUUUGUGUUCCUGAAGUUGCUGAUUUUCUGCAGCACACCAUUAAAGAGAUUUAUUUUUAAAGGAGAAUUUGGAAGUGUUUUUAGCAAUAAAAGGUUUUUUUUU